UGGAGGCAGGUAUUUGUGGUUGUAAACAGUGUUUGCUAGCCAGCUAACUACAGUCUUUUAAUGACUACACCGCCCGGCCAUGUUUGGCUACAGCUGUUGCUGGACGCUGGUGUGACCUUCCUGAGGCUGGUGCAUCUCUAACUAACAACAUUGGUGGGGUCAGGCCCUUGGCUCAGCACAGCUGAUGGCAGCAGUACGAGAGGGGCCGUGGAAGAGCCUGAGCUCAGGAAAGAAAGUAGCCCUGGCUGCAGGCCUGUCUGUGGGAGCCACAGUGGGUUACAUUGUUUACCGUCACAUUAGGAACUGCAGUGCAGAACGCCAAAGAACAGAGCAGUCCAGGCUUUCUAUGCCCCUUGAUGUCUACAGAUCUAUUGCAAGGCAUCAGAGCACCUUUCUGGACCUGGUGAAUCGCAAGUCUGGGGCUCAAGUAAAUGUGCUGCCGAAUGGGGAGGAUCAGAGCUCUGUCUACUUCCUGCUGCAAGGCACAGCUGAACAGAUAGUCUUAGCCAAGUUUGCCCUGGAGAAACUGGCCACUGACUCUGAGGUUAUCUCUGAUGUGAUUGAUGUGCCACAGACUGCUUUUGGGCGAAUUAUAGGUCGUGGGGGUGAGACACUGAAGUUAAUUAACCGGACAUCGGGAGCUCGAGUGAAUUGUUCACGGGACCGUGGCCGUAGUUUAGAGGAGAAGGGCAAGGUCACAAUCAUGGGAACACGUCCAGAAGUGCAGCGGGCAAAGGAGCUGAUCAUGGAGAAGGUGCUGGAGAGCGAGACUGUACGGAAACGUAUAAGUCAGUCGUCGGCUCUGCGCCAGAAAAGGAAACCCCCAGAACUGGAGCUAGUCCUCAAAGCUCAGGGCCCAGAGAGUGAGCUCAUGCAAAAAGUAAAUGGAGAGGAUCUGCUGUCCCCUCUUUCUGAAGUGAGGCUUCUUCAGACCAGUGGCUCCAAUGGGUUUGCAAGCAGUGGUGACCAAACAGAAAAUUCCCUUAAAUCAGAGGAUGACAUUCUGUCACCACUGUCACCGUUAGAAGUCUCAAAAUUUGAAAUUCCCAGUCCAGACCUCAGCUUCCAGCCUGGUGAGCAUUUUGAAGUAUAUGUGUCCGCAUCAGAGAAUCCCCAACACUUCUGGAUCCAGAUCGUAGGUGUCCGAUCACUUCAGCUGGACAAAUUGACCACCGAGAUGAGCCGUUUAUAUAAUGGUGACACUUUGCACGAGCACAGAGUGGAGGCUAUAGUUGUAGGGGACAUUGUAGCUGCUCCUUAUCGGGACUAUGGCACAUGGAACCGGGCACGAGUGCUGGGGAUCCUGGGCUCUGGUCUGGUUGACCUGUAUUAUGUAGACUUUGGGGACAAUGGAGAGCUACCACGUGAUCAGCUACGCAGCAUGAGGAGUGAUUUCUUAAGCUUGCCAUUUCAAGCCAUAGAGUGUAGUCUGGCAGGAGUUCAUCCUGCAGGAGAGGUCUGGACAGAGGAGGCUCUGGAUGACUUUGAUCGAAUGAUAUACUGUGCAGAGUGGAAACCUUUACUGGCCAAACUGUGCAGUUACUCUCACUCAGAGAUGUCCUCCUGGCCCAGUGUGAAGCUGUAUGAUAACAGACAGGGAAAGAUUGUGGACCUCGGUGAAGAGUUGAUUUGCCUUGGCCAUGCAGUGAGCUGCCAAGAUGAAGGCAGUGGGCUGAGAGAUGGGGAUGAGCCUAGAUCUCUGCAAAAGAUGUUGGAUGACAUGACUGGGGCGACAUCAGAGUUGAGCUUGUCCUGCAUAAGCUUGUCAGGUCCAGCACAUCCAUGGGAGAGGCAGUUGACAUGGUCUUCUGUGAGCUGCCCAGGCUCUGUGGAAGUCGAGCGGGCUGAUGUGGACCGGAAUCCCUCAGACGGGCUUGUGCCCUCUUCUUUCUCCCUCAUCCACUCCACACCAUCUCAGACCUUAAGUGAGCUGGUCAGCCACGUCAUAGAGUCGUCCAGUUCAGUGCUGAGCCCACCAAGCUGCUCCAAUAUUCUGUCAGGAACACAAGUACAGCCUGCGCCAUACUUCUCAUCACCCAUAACAUGCUCUUCAUCCUCUGUAAAUGUAGUAACAUCAGCAAUGAGUUCGGUUACACUCAGUGAUGAUGUCUUCCUUGAGACGUGUGGCAGCAUCAGCAAUGUAACUGCUUCUUCUUCAGAGCCAGGGAGCCUGGAAUCUUCUUGUAGUGCUUACAGUGAAAGUAUCAGCAAGAGUAGUGAUGGAAUAAGAGGUGUAUGGUAUUACCUCACUUCGUCUCAGGAUUCCUCCUUGACAUCACUCAACACCACCAUGCCUGCGUCGUCCACCACUUCAUCCUCCUUAUCCUUAGAUCAUACAUCAUCCUCAGAUGACACAACCCCCGAGACCUCUCCCUUCGUUAUAUCCCUGAGCUCCAGCACUUCAGAGAGUGUCCAUGAUGCUGAAAUGACCGAGGAGGGUGAACCUAAACUAAUGAGACUCAGCCUCAUUCACCAACAGUGCUAUACUGGCAGUGUUACCAAUGUGGCUGACUCGAGUGAUUGCAGCAGUACUGGGAGUGACCUGGUCUAUGUUGGCUCUGUCAGGUCAGUGUCAGACCAUUGUGCUAAGGGAAACGAUAAUUCUCAGGCUGUUGUUGAAAAUGUUAUGGGCCACGCUGGAUGCUUAAGGGAUGAGAAGACGGAGGAGGAGGUUUGUGAACAACCUGAAAACAAGAUGACCAGGAGUGGAGACAUAUUAAGAGAAGUCGCCUCAAUAUCUGGAAGUGUGGAUGAUGUUCUUGAGGAGGAAUUUAACUGAUAAAAGACCAAAGGAAUGAAUGCCUUCUUAUUGAGACCAUCUGUGACCACCAAGCUGGCAUGAAGCUCAUGCUUCCCCCUUGCAAGUGGGAGCCUUACUUGAUUGUGCUACAUGUUCUGUCUGUCUUUGUUUUUUUCUGUCUAUUGGAGAUAUAUUGUCAAUAUUAUAGUUACUUUUUUGCCAGCUCAUCUUUGCUUUGCACCAAGCUGCUUGAGAACAGUUAAAUAGUGACCAGAUGAGGAGCAGUGCUCAGGGAAUUUGAUGAUAUGAGAUACAGAAAGAAAUGUCAGUAUUAGCAAAGUCUUGCACUUAGGUUCUGUGAGUAUAAAAAUGGUUCUCUUGUUUUGGUACUGUUUAUAUUUCUUUUACUGCAAUAUUGUUAUUUAUGUUUGUGCAUUUCAGGUUUAAAUAAAUUAAGGAUGGAUUUAAAUAAAUUAAGGAUUAAAUAAA